AUGGAAGCCACAGUCUCCAGGCACAGCCGCAAUGCUUCUAGAUCUUCCCGGCCUCGUAGUACGACGAAAGGUCCCCUUGACCAAGUAGACGAUCCUCUCGGCACUGAGACGGUGAACAUCUCAAGUCCACUCCGGACAACGGCUCUUCCUGAGCUGUUUGGUACCUCCUUCGAGAACUUGGAUCCGCUCGCUCCUGAUGAUCUACCACCUACCGUUGAGAAAGAUCUCUCCUUUCUGCUUCGCUACGAGGUCUACCACUCUCUGUCGCAGCUGGACAUACCCCAUGCCUUGCGCUCUGAAUUCAUCGUUCCAGCAUCCAGCGAGUCAUUACCCACUACCCUUCAAAAGCUGGAGCAGCUCCUGGCGGAAGGCCACUUCUUACUGGCUGCUCACCUCAGUGGAACGAUCCUGUCAUCUUCUUUGCUCAAGCCUACCGAUAUCAGACGCAUCUUUGCUUUGUUCUACACCCGCUUAGCAUGUCUCCAGCUUUCUGGAAAUACGAUCAUUGCCGCACAGGAGUCCAAAGCCCUCGAGGACUUGACGUCCGCUUUUUACUACGUGGAGCCGUUACCUGACAAGUCUGACAAGGGCCAAACUUAUCCUCGUCAUAUUGUGCCUUGGCCUCUGAGAGCUUUGGCCGUGCGACUCCAGAGUAUAGGAUUCGGCGACUCUCGUCGAGGUAUUGGCGGUCUUUAUGAAAUUGGCUUGGAGGCAAGAAGAGAGAUCCUGCGGACAGAUAUCAGUCCGGCGGAGCGGCAGCUUUGGAGGGAGCGACUCGCGGACCUAGGGGUUCGAAACGUCAAUGCGUUGAUAGAAAUGGGCGAUCUCAAUGCGGCCAAGCAAGCACUCGAUAGUAUGCGCAUGUCAGGCAUGCCCAACGAUUUACGCACGUCGAGUAAGGUGUUGCUUCUAGUGCUUAUUGGGGAUCUCGACAGUGCUAGGCGACUCUGCAGCGAGGGAACUGAAACGGAGCAGGGCUUUUUUAACGCUCUCCUUAGCAUGGCCGAGGGCCAAUAUAGCGCUGCAGCGGACGAAUGGCGCAGUCUUCUGGAACGCGAGCGCCAGAGACCCGACGAAGCCGUCAUCCAGCAGAAUCUAGCAGUUUGCUUGCUGUAUACGGGUCACUUGAACGAGGCUCGCGAGGUUCUUGAAUCCCUGAUACAAAAACAGCAUUCUUUCCCAAGUCUCGUGUACAACCUAUCGACAAUCUACGAGCUGUGCUCCGAAAAAGCCGGGAAGCUUAAAGCUGAACUUGUCGAGACUGUAGCGAGACAACCGGCGAGAGGUGACUUGAAUCUGGACCGGCCGAGUGCAGACUUCAAGAUAUGA